AGAAUAAAUUGAAACAUGCUAUCGAAUAUCACAUGCAGCUCAAUGGAAGUUCUCUACGAAAGAGAAAAGAUAGAUGAUCAUGCAAUCGAAUUAUCCAAAGAAAAAGAAAUAUAUAAGAGACGUAUCGUUUGGAGAAAUGUCAUGAUAUUGAGUAGUUUACACAUCGGUGCUAUUUAUGGUAUCUAUCUUACGCUCACAUCCGCAAAAUUGUUAACAACGCUUUUUGGUAUCUUACUUGGCAUGUGCUCAGGUUUUGGUAUCACAGCAGGAGCACAUAGAUUAUGGGCGCACAGAUCCUACAAAGCAAAGUGGCAACUUCGAUUAAUUCUUAUUAUAUUCAAUACCAUAGCCUUUCAGGAUGCGGCUAUCGAUUGGGCAAGGGACCACAGGGUUCAUCAUAAAUACAGUGAAACUGAUGCAGAUCCGCAUAACGCCAAAAGGGGAUUCUUCUUCUCUCACGUAGGUUGGUUGCUGCUCAGGAAACAUCCGGAAGUUAAGCAGAAGGGUAAAGGAAUCGACAUGAGCGAUCUUAAAAGUGAUCCCAUCAUCGCCUUUCAAAAGAAAUACUAUUUCCUUCUGAUGCCUAUGAUGUGCUUCGUCCUACCAAGCUUAAUACCCAUGUAUUUCUGGAACGAGACUUUCCUCAAUGCUUACUUCGUCCCCGUAGUAUUUCGUUACGUCUACACCUUAAAUACUACGUGGCUAGUGAACUCCGCCGCACAUCUUUUCGGCAAUAAACCUUACGACAAAUACAUCAAUCCCUCGGAAAACAAAGGAGUAGCAAUGAUAGCAAUGGGCGAAGGCUGGCACAAUUAUCAUCACGUAUUUCCAUGGGAUUACAAAACUAGCGAAUUGGGUAAUUACAGGUUUAAUAUCACGACCGCGUUUAUCGACUUCUUUGCGAAAAUAGGUUGGGCCUAUGAUCUAAAAAGUGUCUCGAAAGAUAUGGUGAAAACACGCGUGCUCAAAAGCGGUGAUGGUACCCACGAUGUUUGGGGUUGGGGUGACAAGGAUCAAACACUAGAAGAGAAACAACAAACCAUAGUCACGUAUAUUUCCUCGACGAAGGAUCGAUAACUAUUCUUUCUCUUCUUGUACUCUUUCCCCUUAUUUAUUUUUUCAUCUAUCAAAAAUAUCUUUAAAUUCAUUCAACCAAAUUAAGUAAUUUGCAAUCAGGAAUUUAUUAGUCUUCAUACAACAAUCUUUGCGUUA